AUUUCCGUUUCCGUACAGACGCUACGGAGCAAACACCAUGGCGAAGGCCGGGGAUAAGAGCGGCACUAAAGGAAAGAAAGGCCUGAAGCGGAAAGCAACCGCCGAAGAACCUCAAGAGGCCGCAGUCGCUGAGGAUGGGGCGACGGAAAGCGGGGUCCAACCCCCGAAAACGGCUGCCUUUCCCCCAGGCUUCAGCAUUUCGGAAAUUAAGAACAAACAACGGCGACACUUAAUGUUCACGCGGUGGAAACAGCAGCAGCGAAAGGAAAAGUUGGCAAUUAAGAAAAAACUUAAAAAAGAGAGAGAAGCUCUUGGUGAUAAGGCUCCACCAAAGCCUAUACCAAAGACCAUUGACAACCAGCGAGUGCAUGAUGAAACUAUAGUAGACCCUAAUGAUGAAGAGGUUGCUUAUGAUGAAGCUACAGAUGAAUUUGCUUCUUACUUCAACAGACAGACUUCUCCCAAGAUUCUCAUCACAACAUCAGAUAGACCUCAUGGGAGAACAGUACGACUCUGUGAACAACUCUCCACAGUUAUACCAAAUUCACAUGUUUAUUACAGAAGGGGAUUGGCUCUGAAAAAAAUUAUUCCACAGUGCAUUUCAAGAGAUUUCACAGAUCUGAUCGUUAUUAAUGAAGAUCGUAAAACACCAAAUGGAUUAAUUCUAAGUCACUUGCCCAGUGGCCCAACCGCUCAUUUUAAAAUGAGCAGUGUUCGUUUGCGUAAAGAAAUUAAGAGAAGAGGUAAAGACCCUACAGAACACGUACCAGAAAUAAUUUUGAAUAACUUCACAACACGGCUGGGUCAUUCUGUGGGACGUAUGUUUGCAUCUCUCUUUCCCCAUAAUCCUCAGUUUAUUGGAAGGCAAGUUGCCACAUUCCACAAUCAACGGGACUAUAUCUUCUUCAGAUUUCAUAGGUACAUAUUCAAGAGUGAAAAGAAAGUGGGAAUUCAGGAACUUGGACCACGUUUUACCUUAAAAUUAAGAUCUCUUCAGAAAGGAACCUUUGAUUCUAAGUAUGGAGAAUAUGAAUGGGUCCAUAAGCCCCGGGAAAUGGAUACAAGUAGAAGAAAAUUCCAUUUAUAAAGUACUGAAGGAAUAGUAUUGGAUUGUGCUACAACAGGGCCUCUUGGAUUUCAACUCUGGCAUCUUUUCAAAAUGGCAUCUACUGGUUGGGUUUCAUAAACCUUUCAUGUCUGGACAAGUGCCAUGAAUUAUCUUUCACUGUUUAUGUAGCAAAUACAAAUAAAAGUCAUUUUGGUGAGUUUAGAAAUUGCAGUUUAAGAGUCCUAAAAUUUAAUUCUCUUAUUUCUAGGGAUUGUGAAUAAGUUGGAAUCAAGAUUCAAAGUAAGUUUCUCAUGUGUACUUUCAUGGAACAUUCGGUCUGGAGAAAAAAUACAGUCCUUGGUAGAUACUGUGUAACCCAGGGGCUUUCUACCAGAAUAAACUUGGAUCUGGCA